AAUGGAAUCCAGUGAAGGGGAUAUUGAAAAGCCUGAAGAAACCAGCAAUUACGUAAAAUUAAAAACAGCAGAAACGACUAAGCAUGAUGAAAGAGAAAAUGUGGCGAGUGAGAAUGUGAAAGUAAGCAACAAAAUAAAACGUUUCCUCCCCAGGACGUUGAGCCAAGAGAAGUAUGGUAUCGGUUCGACUUUGAGGCUGGAAGAGGAGGAGGAUGACAAUGGGGAGGGUGUGAAAGAUAAUGAAGCUGUUAAUAGAGAACAGGAAGAAAGAGAAGAAAGGAAAGAGGCUGAUCAUGUCUACGGUGAAUCGGUGGAAAACGCUGUAGCUGAAUUGUGCAAUGAGUUUGAUGGAUGUUCACAAGAUAGAAUUACCGAAAAUACUGAAUUACUUAUACACGUAAUGGAAGAAUCAAAACGAAAGAGACGAAGUAGUUGGAAAAGUGCUUGGGAUGAUGACGAUGAUCAAUUCAAUGAAAAUGCCGAAAUGAAUGAUGGUGAAAAACUUCUGUGGGCAGCGGAAAACAAUCAUAUUGAUAUUAUUGAGGAACUGUAUGAGCAAAAUCCAAAUCUCAUAAAUGUAAGUGAUAAUGAUGGUUAUACUCCACUCCAUCGUGCAUCGUAUAACGACCAUACGCAAGCCAUUGAAAUGCUAUUAAAACUUGGUGCCAAUGUCAAAGCCAAGACUGCUGAUGGUUGGCAGCCGAUCCAUUCAGCGUGUAAAUGGAACAAUGCGCAAGUAGCCUCUUUGCUGCUUCAGAACGGUGCUGAUAUUAAUAGCCAAACUAAUGGUGGGCAAACGCCCUUGCAUCUGGCGUCGACAAACUCUGAUGGCAAGGAGACUUUGGAACUGCUACUCACGAAUCGUUUCAUUAACGUUGAGUUGAAGAACGCUGCGCAGGAGACCGCAUUUGAAAUAGCCAAACGUAGUGGAAGAUAUGGGUACUUGUUUGAUAUUCAUGCGCAGCAACUGAAUGAUUUCACUAAGUAUGAUUGA